AAUUUGAUGUUGGUCCGGCCAAAGAGGCAAAACUUCUGGUGUCACUGCUAAUUACGGCGAGGUUGUAGUGAUUGUUUUCUUCCUUCUUCACACAGAGACAGACUCGAAGCUCCUACGCAAAAAGAAACCGUGGAGGCCUGAUUACCGUUCCUCCAACUCCCACGCCGCUUCCCACCAAUUCUCCAUUAAGAUUUGGUAAUUUAGCAGGUUUUGGUUUGCUCUGUUGAUUGGAAUUCAAGUUGUAAAACAAUGGCUUUCAGCACAGUAAAUCAUCAAGCAUUGAUUUCUGCACUCAAUAUUACUUCUUCCCUUUCUCCUUCUACACGGGCUAAGAUAUCAACUCCGGUUUCAUGUUCGAGGUUUCCUUCACAAGCUCUCAAGCACAUAGUUAAACGCUUCUCGUACAAUGCCGCGUCGAGUAGUUCCGAUCAAAAUCCUAAAUCGGAGCGCAGACGGAAAAAGGCGCCCCAGACAUCUAAAGAGCGGAAAAGCGGAGGUGAGAAUCCAGAGGGUUCAUAUCCCGGAAUCAUCCCAAAAAAGCCAAGGCGCGGUCGUAGGAGUGAAGCAGCAGCUGUUGAGGAUUACAUACGGGGCUCACUCAAACAUACACUGGAGUCGAUACGGAAGCAGAAUCCAGAAGUUCUAGAAAACAUGGAAAACUUUAUGAAGGAAAAAGCUGCAUCUGAUGAUGACAGCUCAGAUGAUGAGGACGUUGUUGACGUAGGAGAAAAGGAUAUGGUGGUUGAGGAGGAGGAUCCGGAUUGGCCACUGGAUACCGAGGUGGGAUGGGGGAUCAGAGCCUCCGAGUAUUUUGAUCAACACUCGAUAAAGAAUGUAGUAGGCGAAGAUGGCACAGAGAUCGACUGGGAGGGAGAGAUUGAUUAUGGAUUGGUGAAAGAGAUCAACUGUCUUGAGUGGGAGAGCUUUGCUUUCCAUCCCAGCCCUCUCAUCGUUCUUUUCUUCGAGAGAUACAAAAGGGCAAGUGAUAACUGGAAGGUCCUGAAAGAGUUGGAAAAAGCAGCAGAGGUUUACUGGAAAGCUAAAGACCGAUUACCUCCUCGAACAGUGAAGGUGGAUAUAAAUAUCGAGAAAGAUUUAGCAUAUGCACUGAAAGCUGAAGAAUGCCCGCAGUUACUCUUCUUACGCGGAAACAAGAUAUUACAUAGAGAGAAAGAGUUUAGGUCAGCAGAUGAGCUGGUUCAGAUAAUUGCGUAUUUUUACUAUAAUGCGAAAAGGCCUUCUUGCAUCAAUGAUGAAGCCCUGUCUUCACCGCGUUAGUUGAGGUAACUACUUUCUUCUACAGAUGAUGAGUAUCUCUUAUUUCUGAGCUUAAGAGGAGCAUUUGUUUAUAUAUGGAAAGCCUAGAAAGUUGACUGCAAUAUUGUGUACAUCAAACUCAUUAGCAAGCUUGAUUUCAUAUUAUAAUUUUAUCUUA